UCUGCAUUUAGUAUUUCUGAUUUAUGCUAGAUUUUAGAUUUGUCUUUUUUUUUUUUUGUUUGGCAAUGAAAGUUGUAUCUUUUGGUUAUUUUGUCAUCCACGUUGAAAGAUUUAGGGUGUGUUAAAAAAUAUGUUCCAAUUUUCUCAUAUUUGGUUGAUCGGAAUUUUUGGAAAACAAACUCCUUAAAAAUGAUUUCUUUAAGAGUUAAUGGUCAAAAACAUACCUGAAUUAUCACUUUUUUCGCGAGUUUCACACCCCAACUAUAAAUUCUUCCCUUUUCCUACCCGAACUAUCACCAUCUAUGUAUGAAAACACACCUCGAAGCUGAGUAGGCCAACUAUCAACUGUUCUCUUUUCCUACCUGAACUAUCACCAUAUACUCAACUAGGUGUAUUUUAAUACAUAGAUGAUGAUAGUUCAGCCAGGAAAAAAGAAUAGACGGUGAUAGUUCAUGUAGGAAAAAGGAUGUGAUAGUUCAGGUGUGUUUUUGACCAUUAUCUCUUUUAUGAAAGUAAGAAAAACAAAUUUCAUUAGUGACAUUCCAUACAAAUUGCCUCCUCCCUACCCUCCAACACACCCCACUCCUACUCCUACCCCACAUAGCUCCCAUCCUCAACACUCACAUAUCCCCACCCCACCCCACCCUAAUAGUGUUUGCCUAGAUUAGAGUCCUAGAUUAUAUUCAAACACUUUUUGGACAAUGUUUUUUGUUUACUGGCCGAUCUCAGAAAAUAAGUAAGAAACCACUUAUUUUCCGGAAAACUUUUUUCGUACAAAACAUUUUCUUUCAUAACAAACACAACCUUAACUAAUCUCAACUUCUACUAGAAACUUAUUUUUAUAUCACAUUCUCUUUGUUGCUCACUGUAUUAUAUCCAGCUUUAACUAUAUUGUUCAUUCUUUUUGAAAGAUACAUAGUUAUUUGAAGUUAGGCAAGUAUAUAUCUGCAUUCAGUAUUUUUUCAGUUAUGCUUGAUUUUAGGUUGGCUUAAAAGUUGCAUCUUUUGAUUAUUUUAUUGUUGGUAAUUUUUAUUUGCAUCGGGUUGUUCAUAUCAAUUCAGUUCAACUUAUUAUAGUUAAAUGAUUUAAUGAGAUGAAAAUAUGCAUUAAUCAUCAUGGUUAAGUGAUAAAGUUCUAUGUACAAGUACAUAUCAUCUGUUUAUUGGUUUGGUAGAGUAAGCUAUUACAGUUUUUAUUGUCAUCGUUGAAGGAUUUAAUUAAUCUCGACAGGUUGAGAUUGAGAUUUUCAUCUAAUUUUCUAAGAAGCAAAAGAGAAGAUGUUGAAGUUCUUGUCAAAGGUGAAGAUCCAGUUCAAUGCUCUAGACCCACGAACAGCUUCAUGUAUGGAGUUUUUGGCUCAGUGUAAUGCCCCUAAAGCCAAAGAAUCGAACCCAAGUUGUCAAGUACAGGUCAAGCGCCGCACCGAUGACCAACCACCUCAAAUCACUGUCACCUUCGUAAACGGAGUCGAACAAACCUAUGAUGCCACUUCUACACCUGCACAGGACAUUCGUAAGAUGAUUCUUGAAAAGGGUCAGUAUCUUGAGACUGAACAAAUGUUCCGUGAAGCUGGUGAGAAGUGGCCUGUUAUUGUUCCUGAUGAAGAGCUCCAACAACCAUUUCUUGGUAUAAAGCCAAAGAAGGCAGAAGAGAAGAAGCAGUGAUCACAACUGCACACACUUAGCUUGUUGGGGGCAUUUUCUCAGAAUCAGAUCAACUGCGACAUUACAAAGUUCUAAUUCAGUGAGAUGGAUCUUCAAAUAAGGGCAAAGCUAUCUAUCUUUUCUUGUUGGAUGUAUGUUAACAAGAAUAUUAGAUUUGUACUAGGAUCGUGAACAUGCUGCCAUUGUGUUGUGAGACUGUAAAAUGCCUCUCCAAAUUCUCAUGUCUUCUACCCUUCUCCCUGCAAAAAGAAUAAGAUAUCCUUCGUAAUGAUUUGAUUUCAUUUUGGGAUUGACUCUGCUAAUACUGUAUCCAUAACCAGUGUGUGGGUACUCAAGGGUCCUCUUUAAGUUUACCAGGCAGUUGAGUUUAGUAGCUUUGUUGAUAAGCAAGCAGUUUUCUUUGAAGUGCCAGUCACUGUUUUAUGGUGU